ACUCUCCUUUUCACUCUCUGUUCUCAAUCUCCCUCUGGUUUCUCAUCGACAUUGAUUUGUAAAGCUAUUCUUCUAUUCUCGCAGCGAUUCUUCUAUUCUCGCAGCUGUGUUCGUGCAUGUUUCUAAUCGACUGAAGAAAAAGUUUACGAUUGAAGGUUUAUGAUUUCUUUUUGUGUUGUCUGAUUUGCUUAUGUACCUUUGUCUGGGAGCUGUUGCGGUUUUGUAACAUGGACAAGGCUUGGGUUUGGCUUCCGAGGGCAAGCGUUGAGUAUGAGGAAGGUGCACGUGCUUUUGUGUAUGCAUCAGCAAAGAGGUUGGGUAAUCCUCUGCAGUUGUUUUGUCCUUGUAUCGAUUGCCGGAAUGUAUGCCAUGAAGAUAUAAACACAGUAGUGGAUCAUUUGGUAAUUAGAGGAAUGGAUCAGAAGUACAAGAGGAAUUCUUGUUGGAGUCUGCCUUCUUUGACAAUGAAGACCAGUCACAGAAUAAGAAUGGAGAAGAGCCUGAAGUGGUUGAAUGUGAAGAAGAAUCUGAGUUCACCUGAUGAUGUUAUCAUUGGAGAAGGAGAAUUCUGCUCAGCUGAACAAAAUUACAAGAUUGGACGCAUUCCACUUGGUCGUAAUGCAGGUGCUAUUUUGGUUAAGUCAGUUAUAGAUGCAGAAGCAUCUGUGUGGAGGCCUACGACAACUGUUACCACACUUGGCCAAGCUGUUGGAACAAAAAUUGCAUGGCAACUUGAUAAGCUCAUUUUGGACAAUGAUCUGAACUCUCCACCAAAUAAGACUGCUGCUUCAUCGAGUGUCAGUAACAGCUCUAACAACAGCAAAAAUGAGAAAAAGAAGUGCAUCCUCUUGGAUUGCAAUGGAUCAGGAAAAAAGGUUGCAGAAGGUCGAGUUUUAUCAUCAAAUCCACAAGAUAGAGUUCAUCAUGUCCCCUUGGGUCUUAAUGCAAGCAAGGUAUGGGUUGAUGUCCCUACCAUUGAUGAAGCACCAGUUUGGAGAGCAAAUUCAGAAAUUAAAAUCAUUGCUGAUGCUUUGGGUAGUAUAAUAGCUUGGCCAAAUGACAAACUCGUUUACAUUUGAACUUGUGUUUGUGUUCAGUAUGACUGUACUUUGUUAUUGGAUUGAAACAUGUAUUUUGGUUAUUAUGAAACAUCUUCAGGUUUAUGAAUUUCUUUUUGCUUAUGCGAAAUUAUUGGGGGAUAAAUCCAAAUAUAGAAUAAUUCAUUAC